AAUGGACAACAAAAUCGAUUGAUUUGUUGGAGUGGGGAUGAUGGCAGAAAUAACCCGAUUGUUUGAUGAUGACGAGGCAAAACGAGCAAAAAGCCAAAUGGGUUACUGGGGGUGUUUGACGAGCGAGCAACCAGCGGUCAGCCAAGCCUCGACGAGGCCCCCUACCCCCCUGAAGCUUAAGAAACACAUAGAGAGAAAGGGAGGAGGUUCAAGAAGGAUGAUAAUGACGGGCAGCCGAAGUGAUAGUGGGGAGCGAUGAUGAAAGAUGGUCCCUUAUUCCCCCUUCUGUCAUUGAUGAUGCAGGGCAUGCAUAUGGGCUUUGCGUUGUUUGGUCAGUGCCAUUUUGUCGGAGUGCCCGUGGAGGAGGUGGUGGUGAUAGUGGUAGUUCAUCGACGCCCGGCAGACCACCGCCUGUCAAGACAACUCUCGAACCUA